AUGUCCGGAAGAAGGCCACGUGGCGCUCGUCCAGGUAGACAUAUUGAUACAUCAAAAUUCGAACCAAACUGGGAUGAACGCAUUCUUGAUUUUGAUCAAAUGGAUUUAGAUGAGAAUCUUCUCAGAGGUAUUUAUGCAUACGGUUUUAAGCAGCCAUCAGAUAUUCAAGCACUUGCUAUCAAGCCAAUCUGCCAGAAGAGAAACGUUCUUGCUCAAGCACAAUCAGGUACAGGUAAGACAGGCGCAUUCUCAAUUGGUGUUCUUAACCGUAUCGAUACAUCACUUGUUGAAACACAAGCACUUCUUCUCGCCCCAACACGCGAACUUGUUGAUCAGAUUUACAUUUUCAUCAAGCAAAUUUCAGAAAAGAUGCCAAACAUUACAAUCGAAGUAUUCAAGGGUGGCUUAAGUGUCACUGAAGAUCAGAGAAAGGCACAAGAAAAGCCAAUGGUCGCAAUUUGCACACCAGGUCGUGCUCUUGAUCUCAUUUCAAAAGGAUACCUUCAGAUUGGUCAAUUACAGAUGUUCGUUCUCGAUGAAGCAGAUGAAAUGCUUUCCGAGGGCUUCAAAGAAACAGUUGAUGAAAUCUGCAAAUAUCUCGAUCCAGAGAUCCAGACAUGCCUCUUCUCUGCUACAAUCCCAUGGAGCACAAUCAGCAAGAUCCCCAACUUGUUCGACAAUCCAGUCAAAAUCCUUGUCAAGGCUGAGAAACUCACUCUUGAAGGUAUUAAACAGUUCUACGUCAAUGUCGGCGAAACAUCAAACAAGUUAAGUGUUCUUCUUGAUAUCUAUGGUGCUCUUAAUAUCACAAAGGCUGUUAUUUUCGCCAAUUCAAAGGCUACAGUUGAUUUCCUCAAAUCUGAACUUGAGGCUAAUAAAUUCACAGUUUCUGCUAUCCACUCCAACCUCACACAAGUCGAGCGUGAUACAAUUAUGAAGAAUUUCCGUAUCAACGUUUCUCGUGUCCUCAUUUCAACAGAUCUUCUUGCUCGUGGUAUCGAUGUCCAACAGAUUACUCUCGUCAUCAACUUCGAGCUUCCAACUACACGCGAAAAAUACCUCCACCGUAUCGGUCGUUCAGGUCGUUACGGUCGUAAGGGUGUCGCAAUCAACAUCUGCGACGAGGGAGAGAUGAGAAAGCUCAGAGAUCUCGAGCAUUUCUACUCAACACAAAUCGCUGAGCUCCCAGCUGAUAUUAACGACGUUGUUAACGAUGCAAACCAGUCAGUUUAA